AUGAGUGAGUGGAACGAAGAUCAGGGUUUGGUGCUUGACGGGAAAGUCUAUCCCUAUAUCGAGAAAAACCCGCUUGACGAAAUAUCUUUGAACGCGUUUGCUCUAGGCGCCACGUUUGCCACUGCUUUGACAUUGUUGCCUCUCAUUGAGUUUUACAAUCUCAGCAUCUACAUGGCUUCCUUGUCACUAUUCCAUUUUCUCGAGUUCUAUACUACGGCGCGCUUUAAUCCAGGUAAAGUGACAUCUAGAUCUUUUCUAUUACGGAAUGGUAAAGGAUACAUACUCUCACAUGUCUUUGCCAUGUGUGAGGUGGGUAUUGGACGAAUCCUUUCCCCAACCUGGAAGUGUACUUCAUAUUCCCUCUUUCACAGAUUUGUCUUCACCAUUGGCCUCAUUUUAAUGAUCAUCGGUCAAUUGGCGAGAACUCUGGCUAUGGUAACCGCUGGUAAAUCUUUUUCGCACCAUGUCAAAACAGAACAAAAUGCAGACCAUGUGCUGGUUACGGAAGGAGUCUAUUCUUCAUUGAGACACCCAAGCUAUUUUGGAUUUUUUUGGUGGGCUUUGGGCACUCAAAUGUGCCUUUUAAAUCCCUGCUCAUUUGUACUCUUCACAGUGGUUUUAUGGAAAUUCUUUAAUGAACGGAUCGAAUUCGAGGAAAAGUAUUUGGUUCAGUUUUUUGGACAACAAUACCUUCAUUACCGGGCCAGAGUCCCUGUUGGAAUACCAUUUAUAAAAUGA